AUGGCUUCCAUGACCGACGACCCUGCAACGCAGUCUGUCGAAUCCGAACCGGUGGAUCUGUCCUCGACGACACCACACUCGCUCGCCAAAGCUGUCCACGCCAGACGAUCCGAAUACGUGCGCCCGCACCGGCUAAAGGUCAAGAUCGGGACGUGGAACGUGGCAGCAUGUCCAGGCACGGAUAAGGACCUUGCAACCUGGUUCACAUACGGUGAAGGUCUCGACCAAAACUUUGCGGGACUCAAUCUCGUGCAAAAUGACGCCGUCAAGACCGACAAUAAGCAGCCAGGCAAUUCGGAGCCGCUGCACCUGACAGCCGGGAAGGAUAUCGGUCUCUAUGUGCUGGGGCUGCAGGAAAUCGUAGACCUCAAUACGACCAAAGAGUACAUGAAUCGAGCGGUGUAUACGGAUACCAGCGUCAUGGACAAGUGGAAGGCUGCGCUGGAAGCUGCCCUGCCCCCCGGAUACGAGCUUGUCACAGCCGAGCAGAUGACAGGCCUGUUGCUUCUGGUGUAUGCAUCUCCAGAAAUUGCGCCCACCAUCAGCAAUGUCAGUACAAAGCAGGUCGGCACGGGGCUUCUAGGAUACUUUGGCAACAAGGGCGCUGUUACGACUCGGCUUCUCCUUGGCGAGACAACCCGUAUGGUCUUUAUAAACAGCCAUCUAGCUAGUGGCGCUGGCUCUUCAUAUCUGGACCGGCGGUGUUGGGAUGUUGGCCAGGUUCUAUCUCGGACUCAGUUCGACCCAAUUGUUCACGCAGGCGUUGAGGAGGAAGAGGGAGAAAAGAUUGGUGACGAGGACCUUGCUUUCUGGUUUGGAGACCUAAACUUUCGACUCGACGGCCUGCCCGGAGACGACAUUAGACGGCUGCUCAUGUUGCAUGCUCGAGGUGAAUAUGGCGCGCCUGAGGACUCGAAGCCAGUCCUUCCCGAAGAGGGCGUGAUCGUCAUGAGAGGUUCUGAUAGUGACGAUGAUACCACCACGACUUCGUCAUUGCACUCUCGAAACGAGAGCUUCGAUACCGCUAGCGAUCUUCCGGACCCCGACGACUUUCCUGAAGACCCAAGCCAGGAUCCCACCUCGUUACAGUCGACCAUCGAUUCGUUACUACCGCACGACCAACUGCGCAGGAUGAUCAAGCAGCGCAAAGUGUUUCACGACGGCUGGAGAGAAGGCGCAAUUACAUUCCUUCCGACAUACAAGUACGAUGUGGGAACAGUUGGGCUCUUUGACUCGAGCGAGAAGCAGCGUGCGCCAAGCUGGUGCGAUCGCAUCCUGUUCCGGACUCGAAAAGACAAGCUAGACUUUGAGACCAAGGUUAGAGAGGAAGAGGAGGCAAAGAAGAAGGACGAGGAGAUGAGGUCCAGAGGAUUAGAAGAGGACGAAGACGUGCUCUUUAGCUAUGAUCCUGAUGCUGAUGGAGAGGAUAUAAGCGCGGCUACCGACGCAAUCGAGUAUGAUGAGUACGACGAGAACGAGGAACCAGAGGCCGAGGAUCUGGUGACUAAGGAGGGCUUCCACGAUCGUAUUGACCUGGAGAUUUAUGCCUCGCAUCAGCGCAUCACGUCGUCAGACCACAAGCCCAUCACGUCUAUCUUUACGCUCGACUACGAUGCUGUUGUGCCAGACCUCAAGGCCAAGAUUCACGCCGAGGUUGCGCGGGAGCUGGAUAGAGCGGAAAACGAGGGCCGGCCAGGUAUCACGGUAGUGGUUGAGGGCAGCGAGGGCACGGACGGCAAUAUUGUCGACUUUGGAGACCUGGGUCCUCUGGAGAGAAAGACACACUCGUUGACGGUGGCCAAUACUGGAGGUGUUGCAGCGACCUUUUCAUUCGUGGCGAAACCAACGACAGAGGACGGCGAUGAUGCCAUACCCGAGUGGUUAAAGACAACCUUUGUACGCGCUGAUGAAGAGUCACCAGAACCGCUGGGCGCUACAGUGACGCUUGACCCUGGAGAGACAGCUUCAGUGUUACUGGAGGUUCAGAUCUCGGCGAUAUCCCACAUCCGCGCGCUGAACGAGGCCCGCGCCAAGAUCGAAGACGUCUUGGUACUUCGCAUAGAGGAUGGCCGGGAUCACUUUAUUCCUGUGCGCGGCAACUGGCAGCCCUCAUGUCUGGGACGCUCGAUCGCAGAGCUGAUAAGGAUCCCUGACGGGGGCAUCAGAAAGUUUGUCAAGGAAAAGGGUAUCAAAGGGGCAAUCUCCUAUGACUCGGAUGUUCACUGCUCGGCACCAAAGGAGCUCUUUAAGCUCACAGAGGCGGUGCAAACCUUGGUGGAGCGCAGUCUCGCUGAAGCAAUGAUGCUUGAGGAGGCAGUAUUGCCGCGGGAUCCUGGGUGGCCACUGGAGUCGACAACGUGGAGAGUAGGGGAGGCAGAGCUGUUGGAAGCACAGAUUGCGCUCGUGUCUGCACUCGACACGGAUACUAUGCUUCUGGAUACGCUACCUCUCGAAUGGCCGGCAUCCUUCAAGCUGGAAGUUGUCUGCUCGGUCUUGCUACUAUUCCUCAAAUCGCUGACCGAUGGUCUUGUCCCUACACACCUAUGGGCGAAGCUUUCUACGGCGCUGCCUAAUAUUUCCUCAUUGCCUCCAAAUGUCUGGCCCGACACAAAGACGCAAAUACUCGACAUUCUCUCCUCAGCACCAAACCACAACAUCGCAUUCGUCUUCCUAACCGCCACGCUGUCCCGAGCCGCCACAGAACUCACGCCCGCGACGACAGACCCCAAAGCCACCGGGCUCACACGCAGACUAAGUUUCCGUCUGACUAAUACAGAGGACGAGGACACCAAGAAGAGAAAGAUGAGGGAACGCAGGUACGCCGAGAUCGUGGGGUCGAUGGUCUGUCGCGUCGACGAGAAGGAAAAGGGGGCCAAGGAUCGAGCGCGGACGGUGGUGGAAAUGUUUCUGAGACGGGACGAGGGUAGCUAG